CUGUAAUUAUUAUUUGAUUAUUUGCUUCCUGUUUAGAUACGAUUCUCUGUAUAUAAAUAGUCAUGUAGACCACUUGUAAAGAUCAAGAGUGAAAUACAAAAAUACUCAAAAUUUUUCCAAAAUUCUUCACAGCCCAAGAAAGCCAUUUCACCCAAUUUCUUGGUAUGUCUCCAAAAAGCCUUGUAAAUACAUUUUAAUAAUGCAGUUGACGACUUCAGUUUGGCCAUUAAAUUGGGGAUUGUAGGUAGAGGAAAAGGCUAACUUUGUAUCACUUAGCCGAAAGAGUCCUUUCCAAAAGAUGCUAGUGAAAAUGACAUCGCGAUCACUCACGAUGGAUUCCGGCAACCCAUGUAAUUGCAUAGUGUGAUCAAAGAAGGUGUUUGCCAUUGUCAAUACUGCGUAGGGGUAUUCCAUAGGAAUAAAAUAAGCAUACUUAAAAAAUCGAUCAACCAACACCAAAUGAGCGAUUUUCCCCCAGAUUUUAGUAAUUCUUCAAUAAAGUCCAUAGAGAGAUCUAACCAAAUUUGUGUAGGAAGUGCUAGAGAUUGUCACAAUCCUGCUGGUUGCAAAUGAUCAGCCUUGUUUUAUUGGCAGAUGAGGCAGGAGGAAAUAUAUUAUUGAACAACAGAUUUCAAUCCCUUCUAGUAGAAGUCCUGGCGUACACGGUGUAAAGUUUUGUGAACCCCUUCAUGAGUGCUAUCAUGAAUGCCAGUUAAGACUGCGGCAAUCACAGUGGAAGUGGGGGAGAGAUAGACUUGCCCUUUAUACAAGAUUAAGCCAUCACAAUAAGACCAGGAGUCGUCCAAUUGUCUUUGCUAAAUUUUGGCUCGUAAUUCUUGAAGAGUUUUAGAAUAACAAGACCCUUGGUUGCGAUAUAGCAUAAAUGGACCCUUCGUCCUCAUCCCAUCGAGAGAGAGCCUCAGCCACCUUGUUCAAAUAUCUUGCCUUAUAUUCAACUUUAAAGUCAUAGCCUAAGAGUUUACUCACCUAGUGUUGCUGUGGAGUGGGGGUCAGCUGUUGCUCAAGCAUGUAUUUUAAACUGUAAUGAUCAGUUCGGAUCAGGAAAUGUCUUCUCCAGAAAUACGGACGCCAAUGUUGGACUACCUUGGCAAGCCCAAUCAAUUUCCGCUCGUAUGCCGGUAAUUUGAAGUGGCGCUAAGAUAUUUUGCGGCUAAAAUAAACAAUGGGAUGAUUGUAUUGGUGGAGCACAACCUCAAACCCUAGAGGCAUCACAUUCGAUGAUAAAUUCUUCGUUAAAAUUGAAAAGACAUAGGAUUGGUGCUUGAGCAAGAGCUUAUUUUAACUCAUGAAAGGAAGACAGGGCUGAUUCGUUGCAGUGAAAGGAAUGUCGUUUCAGCAUGUUGGUUAAGGGAGCUGCUACUUGUCCAUAAUUCCGGCUGAAUUUGCAAUAGUACUCGGCGAGAUAUAAAAAACUGUAGAGAGUUUUAAUGGAUUGUGGUGUUGGCUAGUCCAGAAUGGCCUGAAUUUUUCCCUUGUCAAUAGAGACACCCUCACCGGAAAUGAUAUGCCCCAGAUAAGCCACCCGUUUCGCUCCAAAAGAACACUUGGAUUUUUUGAGAAAUAAGUGAUGAGCAUGCAGUAGAGUAAAAACCACUUGCAAAUGCAGCAUAUGGGCAUCCCACGUUUUACUGUAAAUAAGAAUAUCAUAAAAGAAUACUAGAACGAACUUACAUAAGUGUUCUUUGAAUACCUCAUUCAUCAAUGCUUGGAAGUAGAGGGGGCAUUGGUGAGACCGAACGACAUAACCAAGAAUUCAAAAUGCCCAUAUUGUGUCCGGAAAGCUAUUUUUUCGACAUUAGAUUGAUCUAUUCGCACUUGGUAAUAUCUUGAUUUGAGGUCUAAUUUUGUGAAAUACGGUGCCCCAUGGAGUUCGUUUAGUAAUUCUUCGACCACUGGAAUGAGAAAUUUAUCCUUCACAGUGUGGGCAUUGAGCUCUCGGUAAUCCACACAGAAACGUUAGGUUCCAUCUUGCUUGUAGACUAGGAGUACCGGGGAGGAAAAUGGUGAACGGCUGGGUUGAAUAAUGCCUUGUUGUAGCAUUUGCUCAUAUUGUCUCUCUAUUUCAUUUUUCUGCAGGUGUAGAUACCGUUAGGGUCAAUCUACUAUCGGAGGAGUGUCUGUCAGUAAGCAGAUGCAGUGGUCGCAUGACCGAAGUGGGGAAGGCCUGCGGGGUCCUAAAAUAGGUCUUGGAAGCUUGCUAAUAUCUUAUCAAGUGAUUUGGUGGCCUCAUUUUCCGUAAAAAAUGUAAAUAACUUCCAGAGUUGGGUUGAUAUCCCUGGAGCGUCAUUUGUCUAUUUUCCCAAUGGAAGCUCAUGAUGAGUGUUGUAAAGUCUCACAACAUUGGGCUCAAUGUUUUCAACCAUUUGACUUUUAAGACAAUGUCGAUGAUAUCUAGAGGAAUAACAAAGAAAUCAGUAGUGAAAUGAUGAGAAUCCCGUAAGAAUGUUACCGCCUGACAAGUGCCUUGGCUUACGACCCUUUCUCCAUUGGCCACUGAGACAUUGAUUCCUGUUUUAGGCAUGAUGCAAAGACCCAAGUGGGUUGCUUCUGUUCGACUAGUAAAAUUCUGGUACUGCUAGAGUCCACGAGAACGAGCAGAGGUCGGUUGUUGAUAAUGGCUGUGAGUUGCAUGGUUCAGUCAUUUUGUUUCUCUGUGAUGGCAUGAAUGGAAAUCUCUGGUUUUCCAAGUUCCUUAGACUCCUGUGAUCCUGUGUUGCAGUCAAUAUUAUCCAUUUCCAACUAAAACAACCUUUUGUAGUGAUGCCCAAAGAAAUAUAAUUUGUCACAAUUAUAAGAAAGCCCUUUUGCCUUUUAUUCAGCCAUUUCUGCCCUUUUCAGCUUUUUUAUAUAGGGAGAAGAUACUGCACUACUUACUGUACUGCCUUUUGUGAUGGUCUUGACUGACCUACUUCCUUCGCUUGUGUUGUUUAUCAAUUUUGGGCUGAUGUUGAUGGUAGUUGUAGGGGUGAUCUGAUAAUUUGUGUUGCUUCUCCGUAUAUCCUGACUUUGUUUUGGUUGCAUACGUCUUUCAUAGGCGCAAGUGAGAUUCAUUGCCGUUGCCAAGUUUUGGGGGUUUUGAAAUUCCAUGUCCAUCCUGAUGGAGUCAUUUAACCCAGCAGUGAAGAGGUCAACUUGCUGAUCAGGUCGAACUGUAGUAGCUCUCGCCAGUAGAGAUUGAAACUGGCGUUGGUAGUCUUCCAUAGUGCCCCUUUGUUUUAAAUUGACGAGCUCACUCAAAGGAUUUCCAUGCACUGGAGGACCAAAGCCUAAGUUGUGGUAUCCUUUGAAAGUGCCCCAAUUAAUCCUAGAUUCUUCUUGCUAGAGUUUAGCACCACAAUUGAGCUUCUCCUACCAUAUGGAAGGCCGCAAGUCUCGCCUUAUCAGUUUUUGUUGUUCGCUGGUUUUAGAAGAACUGUUCGCACUGGUUGAGCCAGCCAAGAGGAUUUUUGGUCCCAUUGAAUAAAGGGAAAUCUAACUUGGUAUAUCGGGGAACUAUUGAGGAUAUGAGUCGUCCUUCAUUUCGUUCUGACAGAUUGGCUUGGUUAUGGCUAGUGGCUCCCUCUUUUUCCUGUUGGCUAGAUCGAGUCACGAGUCGUGAAAGAGCGAAAUCCUCAGUGGAAAGGGACAGAUCCCCCUAUUGAUAUUCUGACCCUUCCUGAAACGACCUGUGAUGACAAAAAAGAAAACUCGUGAGAGGGAGCUUAAGACCUUGGGUGUUGGUAAUGAAAUUCUGCUUGUUUUAUUUCAUAAACAUAUUCUCCUUGUAUAGAGAUUACAUGGGUUUAACAAGGAAAGGUAUACUUAAUUGUGGCCUAAACUUAAGGCUUGAGUUAAGCUUAUUACAAUAUUAAAUUACUGCUGAUUACCAUCUUAAAUUGCUAUUGAAAUCACGAUCAAUCAUUACUGUUAAUUGAGAUAUUCUUUCCUUUUGUAUCUUGUAAUUCUGAUUAUACUCUUCCUUGCUCGGCCUUGCCGAUGAAUGCAUCUCUAACAAACUCACCUAUAAUAUAUCAUAGAUGCACAUCCGUAAAUGUGCAUAUUCAUGUUUUGUGUGUUGGUAGUACUUGAAAAACUAACUAUAUUGGUAGCUCACCAUGAAUCAUAGUAGUGGAUUUGUCCCAUUAUUGCUAAGUUUUGUUUUCUCAAAGCAAGAUUUUCCUGGAAAAUGAAUUUAGUUGCAUGGUACAUAUUCAUGUCACUAUUUUUGACCUUUUGACCCUGCUCUUCUAUAGGAAUUAAAUUGAGCGGCCUACAUGACAUAGUUUCAUUUUUUUUUAUGUGUGUGUCUCAUGCAGGUUAAUGCUGUUAAACUUGGUACGAUGAUGGGCGUUUUUGUCCCAUGCUUGCAGAAUAUAAUGGGAAUUAUCUAUUAUAUCCGGUUUACUUGGAUAGUUGGCAUGGCUGGCGUAGGUGAUUCACUGUUGCUGGUAGCAUUUUGUGGUUUAUGUACUUUCCUAACGUCAAUUUCAUUGAGUGCUAUUGCAACUAAUGGUGCAAUGAAGGGUGGGGGGCCAUAUUAUCUCAUUGGUCGUGCUCUUGGCCCAGAGGUUGGAGUUAGCAUUGGACUGUGUUUCUUCCUUGGGAAUGCAGUUGCUGGAGCUCUUUAUGUGUUGGGAGCUGUAGAAACCUUUUUAAAAGCUGUGCCCGCUGCUGGGAUAUUUAGAGAGUCUGUCACAAAAGUUAAUGGCCAAGCAACUCCAGAACCUAUUGAAAGUCCAAGUUCACACGACCUGCAAAUUUAUGGGAUUGUUGUGACUCUUAUCCUUUGUUUCAUUGUAUUUGGUGGUGUGAAAAUGAUUAAUCGGGUUGCACCUGCUUUCCUUAUACCUGUUCUAUUCUCCCUGUGCUGCAUAUUUAUUGGGAUCUUUUCAGCAAAGAAGAAUGAUCCAACAACUGGAAUUACGGGCUUAAGUAUGGAAAGCUUCAAAGAUAACUGGAGUUCAGAUUAUCAAUUUACCAAUGAUGCUGGAAUACCUGAUCCUAAAGGACAGACUUAUUGGAAUUUCAAUGCAUUGGUUGGUUUGUUUUUCCCUGCUGUAACGGGAAUUAUGGCAGGCUCUAAUAGAUCAGCCUCACUGAAGGACACGCAGCGGUCAAUUCCUGUUGGGACGUUGGCAGCAACUCUUACAACUACUGUAUUAUACCUGAUUUCCGUGUUGUUUUUUGGAGCAAUGGCAACCAGAGACAAACUUUUGACAGACAGGUUACUUACAGCCACCAUUGCUUGGCCAUUCCCUGCAAUUGUUCAUAUUGGUAUUAUUCUUUCAACCUUAGGAGCAGCUCUUCAAAGCCUGACAGGUGCUCCACGCCUACUUGCUGCAAUAGCAAAUGAUGAUAUUCUGCCAGUUCUCAACAGCUUCAAAGUUGCAGAAGGGAACGAGCCUCAUGUUGCUACCCUCUUUACUGCAUUUAUUUGUGUUGGGUGUGUCAUUAUUGGGAAUCUUGAUCUUAUCACACCAACUGUAACUAUGUUUUUCCUUCUGUGUUAUUCUGGAGUGAACUUGUCUUGCUUUCUUCUGGAUCUUCUAGAUGCUCCCAGUUGGCGUCCACGAUGGAAGUUUCACCACUGGAGCGUCUCUCUUCUUGGAGCAUCACUUUGUAUAGUCAUCAUGUUCUUGAUCUCUUGGUCAUUCACUAUUGUAUCUCUAGCCCUUGCCAGCCUCAUAUAUUAUUAUGUGAGCAUUAAAGGAAAGGCUGGGGACUGGGGUGAUGGCUUCAAGAGUGCAUAUUUUCAGUUAGCUCUUCGUAGUCUUCGAUCACUGGGAGCUAACCAAGUCCACCCAAAGAAUUGGUAUCCGAUCCCUCUUAUAUUCUGCCGGCCAUGGGGACAGCUGCCAGAAAAUGUACCUUGCCAUCCCAAACUUGCUGACUUUGCAAAUUGCAUGAAAAAAAAGGGUCGUGGGAUGUCUAUAUUUGUAUCUAUAUUAGAUGGAGAUUACCAUGACAAUGAGCAUGUUGAAGAUGCCAAGGCAGCCUACAAGCAACUUAGUGCCUACAUUGAUUACAAGAAUUGUGAAGCUGUUGCAGAGAUAGUUGUAGCACCCAAUAUGUCUGAAGGCUUUCGUGGAAUUGUGCAGUCUAUGGGCCUUGGAAACCUCAAGCCCAAUAUCGUGGUGAUGAGAUAUCCAGAAAUAUGGCGUCGUGAAAACCUAACUGAAAUCCCAGCUACAUUUGUUACGAUAAUUAAUGACUGCAUUAUUGCAAACAAAGCAGUUGUCAUUGUCAAGGGUCUUGAUGAGUGGCCAAACGCGUACCAGAGGCAGUAUGGUACCAUUGAUUUAUAUUGGAUUGUAAGAGAUGGUGGUCUAAUGCUUCUCCUUUCCCAGCUCCUGCUUGCAAGGGAGAGUUUUGAGAGUUGUAAAAUUCAGGUCUUCUGCAUUGCAGAGGAGGAUUCUGAUGCAGAGGAACUUAAAGCUGAUGUGAAGAAAUUUCUGUAUGAUCUUCGGAUGCAGGCUGAAGUGAUUGUUAUAUCAAUGAAAUCAUGGGACAUGCAAGCGGUGGGUGGAUCUCAACAAGACGAAUCACUUGAAGCAUUCACUGCUGCACAGCGGCGGAUUGCUAGUUACUUGACUGAGAUGAAGUCAACAGCUGAAGGGAAAGGGAGUGCACUGAUGGCUGACGGUAAACCUGUGGUUGUGAAUGAGCAACAGGUUGAGAAGUUCCUGUACACGACCCUGAAACUGAAUUCGACAAUAUUGAGAUACUCAAGGAUGGCUGCGGUUGUGCUUGUGAGUUUACCACCACCUCCGGUCAACCACCCAGGCUAUUUUUACAUGGAAUACAUGGAUCUAUUGGUAGAAAAUGUGCCGAGGCUGUUGAUUGUAAGAGGAUACCGUAGAGACGUUGUAACUAUAUUCACGUAGUCGCCACUGGUUUAGCUUCCAUGACUCUCGAUGCUGCAAUUUUCAUUGUUCAUAUAUAUAUAUAGAUAUAUAUAUCUCUUUUUUCCCUGUUCAAUUUUUUGUAGUUUUAAAUGUUACAUUCAUUCUGUUACUCUCAUUUGGGCAAAAGCAGCAUUUUUCUGUUCAACUUACUAAUUGAUAUAGAAAUUUUUGAAAUUGUACAGCCCUUGUUGGGAUGUACAUUUGACUUGUAAUACAGAAUUCAGGCCAAUUUUGAAGCUAUGAUUCAAGAGGACUUCUUUCAUGUUAUUUUAA